AUGGCUGCAGUUGCACCGAAGAGAAGGAGUACAAAUGCUGCAGUUUAUGAAUUUAAGGAAGAUAUCUCAAUAAAUACGGCAGAAAGGAAUUUAAUACUACGAAAAUCCACAUUAUUCGCAUGGGGAAUCAUUAUACCACUUCUCAUUGUUGCUGUCAUCAUAUUUGGUAGUUUGUAUGUGAUGGCGAGAAUAAAGCUUCAGGAACAAAAUAACGCUGCUCAAUCUUUUGAUCAAUCUGAUUUCGGUGUAUGCAAAAAGAAAUUCGAUAUACCUCCGUUACUCAUCAUUAGUUCUGAUGGUUUCCGGAAUAGUUAUUUGGAUAAAAAUAUCACACCAACAAUUCAGCGUUUAAUAAAAUAUGGUACUCAUAGCAAAUAUAUGUUACCAACAUUUCCUUCAAAAACUUUCCCCAACCAUUAUACAAUGGCAACAGGACUUUAUCCUCCUUGGCAUGGAAUCGUCGAUAAUCAUUUUUACGAUGCACAAUUCAAGGAUUUUUUCAGGAAAAGUGCCUCUGAACCUGGUUGGUAUCUAGGAGAACCGAUAUGGAAAACGGUACAAAAAACAGGUCUCAAAUCAGCCGUAUUUUUCUGGCCUGGAAGUGAAGGAAUAGGAAAAUUACCCAAUUAUUGGAUGAAAUACAACAGAUCUAUAGCACUCACACAACGAAUUGAUACACUAAUCGAAUGGUUGACGCUUCCCGAUGAUGAACGACCAUCACUUAUCCAAGCAUAUUUCGAGGAGCCGGAUCAGGCUGGUCAUGAGGGUGGACCGGAUUCUCAUAUGGUUCGCACGGCGAUGAUCUUAAUGGAUGGAAUGAUUAAUUAUUUGAUAAAUCGAUUAACUGAAAAAGGUCUUAUGGGUUGCAUCAAUUUUAUUUUGCUUUCCGAUCAUGGUAUGCAACAAAUGGAUAAGACAAAAUCUGUGGUUGCUCAGAAUUAUUUAAAACCACAUUUCAAUGACUUGGUUUUUUCUGGCGUGGUGGCUCAAAUAAAAAUCAACGAAACCGCUCAUUCAUCUCAAAAUGAUUCAGAUAAUGUGAUUAACGAUAUAAUUUCGAGGAUGCAAUGUCAGCAUGGAAAUAAUUAUUUAGUAUACAGAAAAGAUUUGGUUCCGAUAAGGUUUCACUAUGGUGCUUCUUCGUCAAGAAUAGGCGACAUUAUCAUUAAGGGACUUCCAGGAGUAUGCAUUUUUCAGACAGAUGAGGAAAGAGAAUCAUACAAACUUUUUGGCGACCACGGAUAUGAUAACAGGAUUGAAAGCAUGAGGACUAUCUUUAUUGCUGUCGGUCCUGAUAUUGCGCAAAAUCGGGAGAUCAGUAAAUUCCAAAACAUUGAGCUUUAUAAUCUAUUCGCAUAUUUGUUACGAACUGAUGCGGCACCAAAUAACGGAACCAAUGGUACUUUAUUCACUGUGCUCCGCAAUCCACCACCUUAUCCGAUAACGAUUACCGAUCGUCCAUCAGAGCAAUGCACUGAUAAGAUAAAUAUGAAAAUUUUUUUCUCACGCAACUGCACGCUAAUGGAUGAUAUGUACCAAAAUUGUCCAAUGACAUUACGCAGUUCCGUCAAUGCUAACUAUGAUUUCUCAGGCGAACUCUGCAGCUUGCAAUUGUGUGAUGCAAUUAUAUAUUUCGAUAAAAAGUUACAAAAAACAAUCAUGGUGGAAGGUAUCUUUCGGCAUGAUCUUUGGAUGGAAGAGAUAAACGGAAAUUGUGUAACUUAUGUUGACAAUAUCACGCGAACUAAUUCGUAUGAAACUUCAAGAAAUGAAAGCUAUUCGCUAAUUUCACUAUUUGGAAAUCUUGAUCGCUAUUAUACGCUUGAUUUGGCUCAGGUGAUGGUACCAAAAGCUUUUGCUGAUGGAAUAUGGCAGUAUGUUUUAAAUGAAACAGCUGAAUAUUUGGUUAAGUACGGUAACUUACGGUUCUUUUCUGGUGCAAUAUAUGAUCAAGAUGGGGAUGGGAUACGCGACACUGACGAUAUAAUCAGGAAAAGUGACCCGUCACAUUUAUUCUUUGUCCUUAUGUGGUGCGAAAAUAACGCACUAAUCAGUUAUACUUCAUGCAAGGACACCGUUUUCGUCCCUUACAUAUUACCUUUUAACAGCAACAAUUUGAAUUGCUUGAAACCUUCGGAAUAUCUUUAUGACAAUACAGCUCGCAUGCGGGAUAUCGAACUGUUAACCGGAAUGGAAUUUUUCACUGAUCGAAACAUUUGGUCAGAUGUAGAAGCAAUCCAAUUACGAACUUUGUUACCGGACAGAAAACGAUCAUCAUCAUAA